AUGAGCUCUACCAACUCGAACUAUCGCGUCAAAACCAUCAAGGAUGGCUGCACCGCCGAGGAGCUCUUCUCCGGUGACGGACUGACCUACAACGACUUCAUCAUCCUGCCGGGCUUCAUCGACUUCGGCUCCGGCGAUGUGAACGUUUCGGGUCAGUUCACGAGGCGCGUCCGCCUCCACGUUCCGGUGGUGUCCUCGCCGAUGGACACCAUCACGGAGAACGAAAUGGCCAAGGCCAUGGCGCUCAUGGGCGGCGUCGGUGUGUUGCACAACAACUGCACUGUGGAGCGCCAGGUGGAAAUGGUGAAGUCGGUCAAGGCCUACCGCAACGGCUUUAUCUCGCGGCCCAAGACGGUCUCGCCGACUACCCCGAUCAGCGAGAUUCUGCGCAUUAAGGAGGAAAAGGGCAUCAGCGGCAUCCUUGUCACGGAGAACGCCGAUCCGCACGGCAAGCUCCUCGGCAUCGUGUGCACGAAGGAUGUGGACUACGUGAAGAAUAAGCAGACCCCCGCCUCGGCGGUGAUGACGCGCCGGGAGACGAUGACGAUAGAGCGAGCCCCGAUCCGUCUGGAGGAGGCGAUGGACGUGCUGAACCGCAGCCGCCACGGCUACCUUCCCAUUCUGGACGCCGCCGACAACGUCGUCUACCUGUGCUCCCGCCGCGAUGCCGUGCGUGCGCGCGAGUUCCCGCACAGCACGCUGGACAAGCAAGGUCGCCUGAUCUGUGCCGCCGCUACCUCGACCCGCCCGGAGGACCGCAAGCGAGUGGCAGCGCUGGCCGCGGUCGGCGUGGACGUUUUGGUGCUGGACAGCUCGCAGGGCAACACCAUCUACCAAGUCGCCUUCAUCAAGUGGGUCAAGUCCACCUACCCUCACAUUGAGGUGGUCGCCGGCAACAUCGUGACGCAGGACCAGGCGAAGAACCUGAUCGACGCGGGUGCGGACGGGCUCCGCAUUGGCAUGGGCAGCGGCAGCAUCUGCAUUACGCAGGAGGUGCUCGCGUGUGGCCGCCCGCAGGGGACGGCGGUGUACAAGGUGGCACAGUACUGCGCCUCGCGCGGUGUGCCGUGCGCCGCGGACGGCGGUCUGCGCACCGUCGGUGACAUCUGCAAGGCGCUCGCCAUUGGCGCGAACUGCGUGAUGCUGGGCGGUAUGCUGAGCGGCACGACGGAGACCCCCGGCGAGUACUUCUUCAAGGGCGGCGUGCGCUUAAAGGUGUAUCGUGGCAUGGGCAGCCUGGAGGCGAUGUCGCAGGGCAAGGAGUCCGGCAAGCGCUACCUCUCCGAGAAUGAGGCGGUGCAGGUGGCGCAGGGCGUGUCGGGCAAUGUCGUGGACAAAGGCUCCGCCACAAAGCUGCUCGCCUACAUCGCGAAGGGCCUCCAACAGUCCGCGCAGGAUAUCGGCGAGAUCAGCUUCGAUGCCAUUCGUGAGAAGAUGUACGCCGGUCAGGUGCUCUUCAACCGCCGCUCCGCCACGGCACAGGGCGAGGGUGGUGUGCACUCCCUUCACAGCUACGAGAAGAAGCUCUUUGCCUCCAAGAUGUAG